AUGAAAGGCUUCCGGGUACUUGAGUUGCAAUAUGUAGCUAGUGAGAAUGUUAGAAUCAUUGCCGACGAGCAGCGUCGUGGUCCCGCUAGUGUUAUAUAUACAGGAGUACCACAAAUUUCGUCCAGCGUUAUAUCGCUCACUGAGCUGUAA